AUGGGAGCAACAAAUUCAAAAGGUUGUCCGCCUGGGAAUUCACCAGAAGCUGGAUCCUCUCCUCCAGUCAAACAGCUGCUUGAUCAGCCAGAGACUGUCACCACCAUAGAUACUGGGUAUGGAGAACUUUACAAUGUGGCCUGUCUGAGUGAUGAAGUAAUCUGGACAAGUGGAGAUGACAGCACCAUGAAACUCUUCAGCAUCAAUCAGGGAUCACUACUCAAGUCAUUCGAAACCAAGUCAGGAAAAAGACCAGAAAACAUAGUUGUCACAAUCACUGGAGAUCUAGUUUAUACAGAUAAAAAGGAUAAAACUGUACACAUUGUGAAGAAUGGAAAGAUAGAGGAGGUUUUCAGACUAGACUGGGAUUUGAUUCCCCGUGUGAUCAUAGACAGUCAAGAUUACCAACAAUCAAAAGUUGUCCGUUACUCUGGAUCCACAGAAAAACAAACAAUCCAGUUUGGUGAUAAGAAAAAUCCCCUCUUUUCCUGUGGCCCUGAUAGCAAAUACCUAAUUGAGAACAGGAAUCUUGAUAUCUGCGUGGUCGACAUUGGGGCUGGAGCAGUAGUGGUGGUCAAUCAGGCCGGGAAACUGAGAUUCAGGUACAUUGGAUGUACUUCAGCUCCGAAGAACCAACCAUUCAAUCCACGAGGAAUUACCACAGACAGUCAGAGUCACAUCCUUACAGCUGAUAUUUACAAUCACUGUGUCCACAUCAUAAACCAGGAUGGACAGUUCCUCCGUUACAUAGAAUGUGGACUGAGUGAACCCUGGGGACUGUGUACAGAUACAAAUCACAAUCUGUUUGUUGCUGAAUAUAGAAACAGAAAAGUGAAGAAAAUAAAAUACCUACAGUAA